AUGGACAAGCUAGUCGCGCAGUACUCGCGCCCGCGCCACCAGAAUGAGUUCUACUCGGAGCAAGAGCAGCUCGAUCUCACCGAGAGCCUCCCCCCGCUCUCGCUCAAGUUCAGCCUCCCUCCUGUCGAUAAUCACUCUGCCUUCCUGCGCGCCAUGACCGACGACCACUCCAACCCCAGCUGCCCCAUCAAGCUCGCUCACGGAACAACAACCCUGGCCUUCCGUUUCCAGGGCGGCAUCAUUGUGUGCACCGAUUCUCGAGCAACGGCCGGCAGCUGGAUUGCCAGCCAGACGGUCAAGAAGGUCAUUCCCGUGUCGCGGUUGAGCCGGGGCGAGGACAAGGCGUCGGACAAACCCACGCCUGGCCUGUUGGGUACCAUGGCCGGUGGUGCGGCGCAGUGUACUCUCCACGAAAUCCGACACAAGCGCCGCAUCACAGUUGCGGCUGCUUCGAAGAUCCUCGCCAACUUGACCUACGCGUACAAGGGGUAUGGACUGAGCAUGGGAACGAUGCUGGCAGGGAUGACCCCGCAAGAAGGCCCAGCCCUGUACUAUAUCGACUCGGACGGCACGCGCCUACCAGGCAACAUGUUCUGCGUGGGGUCCGGACAAACAUUCGCCUACGGCGUGCUGGAUGCAAACUACCGCUACGAUCUGUCGGAGAAGGAGGCGCUGGAUCUCGGCCGUCGGGCCAUCCUGGCUGCUAUGCACCGCGACGCUUACUCCGGUGGCUUUAUCAAUUGCUAUCAUGUCAAGGAGGAGGGCUGGGUGCACCAUGGCUUCGAUGAUAUGAAUCCUAUCUUCUGGAAGACGAAGCUGGAUCAUGGGGAGUUCUCGAAUGUUACCUCGGAGCUGUAA